AUGCUUCGCUUAUUGCGGCGUUCCAUUGUUGGUAGUACCUUCAACAUUAUGGUCAGGAGGCAGAAUCAGGGCAGUGUAUCGCAGGGAGCGCUAAACAUGCGGGAUCAACAGGCGGCGGCGGCAGAGAAUGUCACACCUGAGAGAGUAUGGGCGUUAUGGAAUGAGGGGAAUCUUUUUUCACUUUCCCUUGCGCAACUUCAAGGAUUUCUGUCGCGCUGCGGUGUACGGACGGAUCCGGCCGCAAAGAAGGCGGCGGUGGUGCGACAAGUAGAGGAAUAUCUUCACUCAAAAGACACUACUGUGAAGGGUGGGGGGCAGGGUGCUGCUUCACCUCAACAGCACCAACAGCAUGGGCAACAGGGUGGAUAUGGUCGAUGGAAUCAGGCUUCUGUUAUGCAGCCUGAAACACUUCUCGAUCUUUCCCAAGCAGGUUUUUAUGAAGGGGCAGCCAAUAUGGUCCCAAAGGCGUUUCAACUCCUCGUUAGCGACACAGCACCCGAUGUGGUUGUUUCACGAGUAAACACAACGGCAUUCCCGGGGUUUCCUUCGAAUACGGAGUGCUACACACUCGGGGCGUCCGAGAAGGAUGUCGCCAUUCGUUCUAGAUACAGUAAAGUUCUCCAGUGGUGUUGUUUGAACAUGAGCAAUCUGCAAAUGGAUGGCGAACUUUACGUGGACUUCGGCAAACUCCUUUUAAAGCCGUCGGUAAUGCGAAAGAAUCGUCGGAUCGUUUCAUCCUACACGCUCCAACAGCGGUUACAGGUGAACCAUCCGUACACUUGGGUGCCGACACUUCCUGAGUCAUGUUUAUCGAAGAUACAGGAGCAGUUCCUGCAGCCGGAAGGUUUUGCUCCCAUCGGAAAAGGUGUGCAACUCACCUACAGCGGAACUAUUAAACGUUCGAAAGAUCAACUACACGUCGACCUGGACAAUAAGGGCAAGGUUCUCGCUGUCAAUAGUGCAUGGGUGAACUUGCAAACGGCAUGGUGCACGCACGCUAAGGGUCCUGAUGUUCGAUUAUUGCUUCGCUCACGUCCACCCAUCCGCCGACAAGAUGUAGAACUCUUCGCCUCUACACCCAUCAUAAAGCUUGCUGAUGAUGACGUAGCUGAUGUACUUCCGCCUGAACAUGGUCAGUUGGUAUACCUCUCAGAAGAUGAAACGCGGCUGUUUGAACGCGUCUCGGAUCGUGGUGUGACGAUAACUGUACGUGAGGUAAAGCGUCAGCCUCUCAUUAUUCUCAGAGAUGAAGAGGAAGACCCCCGCGUUGAGUACAGCUUAUCGGCUCAUAUUCCUGCCAAUGCGGCGAAGGCGACAGAUGUGCGUGCGGUAGGACUAACAGCAUUUGAGCUUGCAGGGCGUCUCGCUGGGUUGGUUGCUGAGGACUUCGUGAGGGAGUAUGGCUGUGAGGCGAAGUUGUAA